UGAAAAUGCCUCGUGUCAAAGCAGCUCAAGCUGGAAGACAGGGCCCUGCAAAGAGACGUCUUGCAGAACACUUUGCAGCUGGGGAGGUAAUAACUGACCUGUCAAAAAAGGAGUGGAAGCUAGGAUUGCCCAUUGGCCAAGGUGGCUUUGGCCGAAUAUAUCUUGCUGAUACAAAUUCUUCAAAAUCGGUUGGCAGUGAUGCACCCUGUGUUGCAAAAGUGGAACCCAGUGACAAUGGCCCUCUUUUUACUGAAUUAAAGUUCUACCAGAGAGCUGCUAAACCAGAGCAAAUUCAGAAAUGGAUUCAUACCCAUAAACUGAAGUAUCUUGGUGUUCCUAAGUAUUGGGGAUCUGGACUGCAUGAUAAAAAUGGAAACAGUUACAGGUUUAUGAUAAUAGAUCGCUUUGGGAGUGACCUUCAGAAAAUAUACGAAGCAAAUGCCAAAAGGUUUUCUCGGAAAACUGUCUUGCAGCUAAGCUUAAGAAUUCUGGAUAUUCUGGAAUACAUCCACGAGCAUGAGUACGUGCAUGGGGAUAUCAAGGCCUCAAAUCUGCUUCUGAGCUACAAGAACCCUGACCAGGUAUAUUUGGUAGAUUAUGGCCUUGCUUAUCGGUACUGCCCAGAAGGAGUUCAUAGAGAAUAUAAAGAGGAUCCCAAAAGAUGUCACGAUGGCACUAUUGAGUUCACCAGCAUUGACGCACACCAUGGCGUGGCGCCCUCGAGACGUGGUGAUUUGGAAAUACUCGGCUACUGCAUGAUCCAGUGGCUCAGUGGCCAUCUUCCCUGGGAGGAUAACUUGAAGGAUCCAAACUAUGUUAGAGAUUCCAAAAUUAGAUAUAGAGAUAAUAUUGCAAGUUUGAUGGAAAAAUGUUUUCCUGAGAAAAAUAAGCCAGGUGAAAUUGCUAGGUACAUGGAAGCUGUGAAAUUACUGGACUACACUGAAAAGCCUCUUUAUCAGAAGUUCCGAGAUAUUCUUUUGCAAGGAUUAAAAGCUGUAGGAAGUAAGGAUGACAGCAAAUUGGACUUCAGUGUCAUGGAGAAUGGAAGUUUGAAAGCAAAAGCAGUAACAAAGGAUUUGAACUCACCACCUCUUGCUUACUAGGCAGGCACUUGAAUCACUGAGCUAAACCCCUGGCCCUAAGUCUCUAAAUGUAUAAGUUAUGUGUUCUUUUCUGUCAGAUCAUCCCUUGGGGUUUGACCGUCUCAGUUUUCCCUUGUUUAUGGGUAUUGUCAGAGAGCUUGCCCUUUGAAAAUUUCCUUUUUUGGUGGUUUGGUGUAUCUACCAUUUGAACGUUAUUUUACUUUUUACUAUCAGAUCUAUCUACAUAUAGAAGAAUUAAUUUUAGAGAUAGACAUUAAAUAGUAACUUACAGAAGUAUAUGCACACGCAUGAAGAACUGAUACCUCUUUAAAAUUUACAGCUUUAGUAAGUUGGUGUUGGAUUGUUGAACAGAACCGUUUGCAGUCUCACUGUUUGAAUGUCCACUUUGUAUGCUUUAAUUUUGUAACUUGAACAACUGUUUCUAAGAGGACAAUAUGUAAUUUAUCAACUAGUGAUUUUUUACUGUUUAUCUUUUUUGAAAUUCUGUAUUAUUUCUACCCUUUUUCCUGUUUUGCUUUUUUCCUCUUUAAAUAAAUUUUUAAAAAAUUCACUUUAAAUUAAUUAUUGUUAUUUUUGCUAAUUUGUUGAUAAACAUACUGACUUCCGUUAUUAUCUGAAACUAAUAAAACUUUAGCUAUUUUUGUAUAGGAAAUAAAAA